AUGGAGGAUCAAGCAGAGCGAGGUUUAGACUUCAGCUCCUCAAUGGUAGAAAGUCAUGCCCUCGAGAGCUCCCAGUUAAUCAGAUUGGGCCAUGGCUCUGACAAUUUGAGCAGCACCAAAACUCAGUUACGGGCACUGCUGAGACUGUCAGAAAGCCUGAAGAAGAAAUGUAAUAGAUCCUGGGUUAAGAAAGUAAUCAGAAAGUUUAAAUAUAUUUUCUCCUUGCAGAUUUUUGCAAUCUUUGCAUUUGCAACAUGUGGUGGCUACUCUGGAGCACUGAAAGUCAGUGUGGACUGUGUGAACAAGUCAGAAAGUAACCUGAAUAUUGAGAUAGGAUUUUCGUAUCCUUUCAGGUUGCACCAAGUGUAUUUUGAUGCACCCACAUGUGAAGGAAAAAAGCAGGAGAGGCUGUUUCUGAUAGGCGACUACUCAUCAUCUGCAGAGUUCUUCGUCACCAUUGCAGUCUUUGCAUUCCUGUACUCACUGGCAGCUACAGUAGUUUAUAUCUUCUUUCAAAACAAAUAUCGUGAAAACAACCGGGGCCCUCUGAUUGAUUUUAUUGUGACUGUGGUCUUCUCAUUCAUGUGGCUCGUGGGAUCAUCAGCCUGGGCGAAAGGACUCUCUGAUGUCAAAGUUGCUACAGAUCCUGAUGAAGUGCUUUUACUCAUGUCAGCAUGCAAACAACAGGGCAAUAAAUGCUCACCUGUCAGAGACCCUGCUAUGUCAGGAUUAAACACAUCCGUUGUCUUUGGAUUUCUUAACUUUAUUCUGUGGGCUGGGAAUAUCUGGUUUGUGUUCAAGGAGACUGGUUGGCAUACUUCAGGUCAACGACACCCUCAAAGCACCAUGGAAAAACAGCCAGCUCAAACUGGCUUCAACCAACCCUACAAUCAGCGGGCAGGUGAUCAAGAAAGCUAUGGUCAAACAGCUGGAUACAACCAACAAGGAUAUGGACAGCAACCAGGUUAUGGGCAACAAGCUUCAUAUGGUCAGAUUGGAGGCUACAGUCAGGGUGGUUACGGCCAGAAUGCUCCAACUUCUUUUACUAAUCAAAUGUAA